UUCCAAACACUAAUAACUAACAUCGCCGGCUGUUCCUUUUCAAGGGUUUUGCGUUCUUCUUUGCUCCCUAUUUGAUUCUCUUUCUCUCUCUCCGUGUUUUUCCGUUGUCUCUAUCUUCACCAAAUUUCCUAUCUUUAUUCAUAUUCGGCAAUUGGGUUCUUUUCCAAUUUUUAUUUCGACUUUGACAAGCCUUCCUUUCUUCCAUCUUCUGCAAAUUAGGGUUUAAUUUCCAAUUUGGUCAUUUUUUUAUUUGGGAAUCUUGUUUCAUCGAUUUGGGGUCAAUAAAUCCGCGAACAAUGCCUCCGAGAAUAGUGAAGAGAGGUGCUGCGGCGAAGAGGGCAUCGAGGGGAUCCUCAAAGGCUGCUCCUGAGAAUCAACCUGAGCCUGAAACUGCGGAAGUGGUCGUGAAAAAUAAUGAAGAAAAUCCUGUUGUUGAUGCUGUGGUGGAAGAAAAGCCCGUUGAUGUGGAGCAAGAACAUGAGGAAGUGCCAAAUGGGUCGGCUAAGGUGGAAAACAAUGAAGAGGAGAUUAAGGAGUCUAUAGAUGAAUAUGAAAAAGAUGAACACUUAGAUUUUGAGGAUAAUUAUCCUGAGUAUGAAGCAGAGGAAUAUGGUGGUGUUGACUAUGAUGAGAAGGGAAUUGAACAAGAUGAAGGUCAGGAGGAGGGAGAUGAAGUCGAGGAAGAUCCCGAAGAGAUUGUAGGUGAAGAAGAGGGUGAUACAGGUGAUGAAGAAGUUGAAUAUGUUUAUGAAGAAGUUGAGGAUGAUGAUGAUGAGCAUGCUGGUGAGGAGCAUGAGCAUGCACAGAUGCCUGAUGUGGAGCAAGAGGAACACCGUGAAGUGGUAAAGGAGAGGCGAAAGCGGAAGGAAUUUGAAGUAUUUGUUGGUGGCCUAGAUAAGGAUGCUACUGAGCAUGAUCUGAAAAAGGUUUUCGGUAAAGUUGGGGUAGUUACUGAAGUCCGGCUGAUGAUAAAUCCCCAGACAAAAAGGAACAAGGGAUUUGCAUUCUUGCGUUUUGAAACGGUUGAGCAAGCGAGAAGAGCUGUGGUGGAGCUAAAAAAUCCUGUGAUUAAUGGCAAACGAUGUGGUGUUACUCCAAGUCAGGACAGUGAUACUCUCUACUUAGGUAACAUAUGCAAGACAUGGAAAAAGGAAGCUUUAAAGGAGAAACUUAAACAUUAUGGAGUAGAAGAUGUGGAGGAUUUGACUUUAAUAGAAGAUGAUACCAAUGAGGGGAUGAACCGAGGAUUUGCAUUUUUGGAGUUUUCUUCUCGUUCAGAUGCUAAGGAAGCCUAUAAGCGACUGCAGAAGAGAGAUGUUGCAUUUGGAGUUGAUAAGCCUGCAAAGGUUUCCUUUGCCGACUCUUUUAUUGAUCUGGGUGAUGAAAUUAUGGCACAGGUUAAAACUGUAUUUAUUGAUUCGCUGCCUCCUUCAUGGAAUGAAGAUUAUGUCCGAGAUCUUCUUAAGAAAUAUGGAGAGAUUGAAAAAGUUGAGCUUGCUAAGGACAUGCCAGCUGCUCGGAGGAAGAAUUAUGGAUUUGUUACAUUUAGUACACAUGUUGCUGCUGUGGAAUGUGCUGAUAGCAUUACUAGUGCAGGGUUAGGUGAAGGUGACAAAAAGGCAAAAGUUAGGGCUAGAUUGUCACGGCCUCUUUCAAAACCUCUUCAGAGAGGCCGUGGAAAAUAUGUUAAUCAUGGGGACUUCCGCUCUGGCCGCAAUUCUGGAAGAUUGGUAAGGUCUUCACGGAGUCAACCUGCACCACGUAGUCUUCCUGCCCGUGUGGUGAGAGGAGUUGGAAGUCGUGUUCCGCCAGUUAGACCUAUUAGUGUGAGAAAUAGACGUCCUGUCACACCCAUGCUAGUAAGAGCCAGGCCAGUGGCUCCUCCAGCUAGAAGCUAUGACAGGAGAUUGGCUGCUCCUGCUUAUCCCAAAAGUGGCAUGAAAAGAGAUUAUAGUCGACGCGUGGAUCUACCACCUCCAAGAAGUAGAGUUGCUACAGAUUAUGGCUCUAGAGUAGCCUCUCAGAGGCAUUCAUCUUACAGGGAUUAUCCUGCCCGUGGUUCUGACUACCCUGAGCUGCAUAGAAGUACAUCUCGUGGUGCACCAAAGAGAGGUUAUGUUGAUGAUGGCUAUGGCCAAAGAUUUGAGAGGGCUCCUCCUUCUCCUCCUCCCCCCCAUCUAAGUUACCAUGAAGGACGGCCGCGUGAUUAUGAUUCUCUAUCUGGCUCAAAACGUCCUUAUACUGCUAUAGAUGAUGUUCCUCCUCGGUAUGAUACUGGUGCUCGCCAGUCAAGGUCUCGUUUAGAUUAUGACUAUGGAGGUAGUGCUUCACAGUAUGGAGAUGCUUAUGGUGACAGACUUGGAAGAUCUAGUCUUGGAUACAGUGGCAGCAGAAAUUCUAUUUCUAAUCAAGAUUUACAUGGGACUUAUGGCAGUCGACAAGGCAUGAGUUAUGGCGGAGGUUCUUUUGGUGGUAGUGAUGGUGGUAUGUACUCAUCAAGUUAUGGUGGUGAUUAUGCAUCCCGUGGAAGUGAUGUUGGUGGCCGUUCAUAUUCAUCUAUGUAUUCUGGUAGAGGUGUGGGUGGUAGCAGCAAUUAUAUGGGUAGUGGUGGAUCUGGGUCUUAUUAUUGAGAUCUAAUUACAAUAAAGAGGCUGCUGUAGGAUGUGGAAUUUGAAGCUUAUGCUCAUUUUGAUGCCUACCAUGUGGAGCUGAACAUUGCUAAUUAAUUGCCUGGUUUGGGUAUUUAUCAAAGAUCAAGUCUUCUCUCAAAUGGACAAAUUUUGAGUUCUUGAAUUUGUGCUGUAAGUACUGAAGUUGAUUAGAAAUGGAAUGAGAAGUGCUGAGCAUGUGAUGUAUAAAUAAACUUCGUAUUAUAAAGCUCCCUUAUGGGUGGGUAAUUUGAAAGAUCACUCCAUAUCCUGUUCAUUUGGAAAGAACCAAGGCCUCAGAUAUUACUUUUUGAUAUUGGAUUUUUUCUCCUGUCAUAAAGUUGGUUUUUCCCCUCACAAAAGAGAUAUAUUGUUACUCUUUGGAUUCAUUAUAUUUUCGCCAAUGGUAUGAUCAUGAACAAGAGUACCCAGCACUUUGUGGAGCUACCAUUGGUAGUAGUUAUAUGAGCACUACUUCGGCAAUAAAUAAAGGAAAGAUUUUGAUAUAGUAACAUAUCCUAGGAAGCAUCAUGCACUGAUUAUGUGUGGCUAGAGUGUUUCUAACAUGGUAUUUUGUACUGAGGGGGAGUACAAGAUGCAUAUGGAGCAUUGCAUAUUUUUCCUUAAGAUUGUUUACUUGCACCCCUUGGAAUUUUUCUUUGUGAUGCAAUUAUUUUUGCGCACUUCAUUACUAUCCAAUCCAAUUGCAUAAUAUUGGAAGACAUUUGCCCAUGCUAUAUCAUUGGAAAAUGCAACUUUGCGAGAUUGUAUAGUAGCUGGAAUGGAUUCAAUAUCAUGUGUUACCAACAGAUUUUGAAAUUCAAGAAUCUAUGGAAUUUGGCAUUUUAUGCACCAGGUUAUAUACCCUGCUUGGUUUUGCAGAACUCAUGCCCCAAUGGCAAACAUGAACUAACCAUAAUAUCACACUAGAAUGUCUAUGCGCUCAUGGACUAGGUCUUCUCAUUUAUUUUAAUCCCCAGUUGGGUAGUUAGUUUCCAACUCAUACCAUUUUAUCAGCCUUAAGCAGCAAAUACUUAUGAAGUAUUGAUGCUCGGAGUCUUAAAAAGUGCUGGAAGCUGAUGUCCCCGAAAUGAGAAUAUUAGAUUAAUGACUUUUUAGGUUUUUUCUAACAUUUUAUCUGCUUUUCAAAAGUGGUUCUGAUCAGUACUAGAGGUUUGUUACUUUGAUGAUGUUCCGUGUUCAUGCGUAUCCAAAUUCUCUACAUGCUCUAUGUUUUUCUAAGAUCCCUGUGUUGCUUGUGAAUAAUUGGUGUCGAUCAGGGUUUGCAUGGUUCUUAGUUUUUGGUGAAAGGCUUUCGUUUCUUUACCCUUUCACUGUAUGAGGGAUCUUUACUGACUUGUUGAAGUUUUAGUUUCCCGUGUGUUCCUUUUCUGCACUGUGCAGGGUGUUGCCCUUCAUCAAGUUUGGUUAAAUUGGUUUCUGCUUAGCUCUGGAUUUUUCUGUGGCAUUCUAUUUGACAUCAUGAUUUAGUUUUACAAGUUUUGUAAAUUGUUCCAUUCAUGACAUUGUAAUUCUGGGUAAAGUACCAUAUGAUGCUAGGUUUCCAAUUUACUAAUCUUCUAUUAUGGUUGUAUGCUGAUACACUCUCGAGCUGCUUUUGUUUCUGAAGGGAUUCUGUGUCUAGGGAUUCCCUGUCACAUGCUUUUACAACAAUUAAUUUGGAACAACUUGCUUUGAUGACAUAAAACUCUUAACGGUCAAGAUGUUUUUCUUUUGAAAGAUACACCUCAUGGUUGCCUUUGUUAAAUUAAUGUUCGACCCACUUUGUCGAAUUGUACAAAAUUUAAGACUAGUCCAUUUAAUAUACUGAAUCUUGUACCAUGUA